AUGGUUAGAGUUAAACAACGUUACAUUCUCUUUGAGAUAUUGUAUCCACCCGCAUACGACCCUAAACACAGUGAUGAAGACUUUACCAACUUUUCCCUGUCAGAACGUAACGCGUUACUUUCCCUUCAUCAAACCUCAUCCCUGGACAUCAAUCAAAAAUCCAUCACCAAUGCCAUCAGGAAAAGUCUCCAGAUACACUAUGGAGAUUUUGGCGGGGGUAGUGCCGGUAUGUUAAUGACAGUAAAGUACUUCUCCAACAAGACAUCAACGGGGAUAGUUCGGUGUGGGCGAGGCCACUUUGAGUUGAUUGUAGGUGCAUUGGCACUAAUUACCCGUAUUGAAGGGUACGAUGUUAUAAUUAGAUGUACGCAUGUUAGUGGGACUAUAAAGAAGUGCGAGGAGUAUUCUAUACAGAAAUCUAAACAAUUGAUGCAUUUGAUGAGUCAGAACGGGAGCGAUUUGACUAGUUGGAUGUCGGAUGUGAAUCACAUGGAUAUAAAUGAGGAUGACGAAGACAGUUAA